ACAUUGUAGUGUACAAAAGCAUUAGAGAAAAUCCUACCCGAUCCUACAGAAAUUGAAAUCUUUUAAAAUGGCGCUCCUAGAAAUGUGUGAUAAAAUGUUCGGAACACGAAAUCUUUAUGAUGUCCUAAAGAUUUCAAAGGAAGCAUCAGCAAGUGAAGUCAAGAAAGGAUACUACAAACAAUCCUUAAAAGUCCAUCCCGACCGGGCAGCUGAAGAGGAUAAAGAAGAAGCAACGGUCAAAUUUCAAACAUUGUCCAGAGUCUACACAGUCCUUUCAGACAAAUCUAGGAGAAAUCUUUAUGAUGAAUCAGGUGAAGUCGAUGAUGAAAUUGAUACAGACCAGCAAAAGGAUUGGGAUGCUUACUGGAGGAUACUCUUUAAGAAGGUGGAAGUACGAGACAUCCAAGAAUUUGAAGAGAAAUAUAGAGGUUCUGCUGAGGAGCUUGACGAUUUGAAAGCAGCAUAUGUUGAAUUUGAAGGGGACAUGGAGGAGAUACUUGAUAAUGUCAUGUGCAGUCGAGAGGAAGACGUUCCUAGGUUUACCAAGAUCUUGAAGGGGUUGAUCAAGAAAGGAGAAGUACCCGUGUUUGAAGAAUUUGACAAGGUUUCAAAGAAGAAACAGAAAGCAAGACAGAAAAGAGCUGCCCAGGAAGCAGAAGAAGCCAAAGAGUUAGCCGAGGAGCUUGGCUUGAACGGCAGAGGGGCGUCUUCUGGUGGCGACGGUGACGACGCCCUCAAGGCACUCAUCUUGGGAAGGCAGAAGAGCCGAGAACAGCAGAUGGACAGUCUCUUUGCUAACCUUGAGGCUAAGUAUUGUCAACCUAAGAAAGGAAAGGGCAAGAAACAAAAGAGAUAAUGGAUCCAGGAUGAGUUCUUCUGCAGAUAUGAACUGUUGUUUGAAAUACAGUGCUUCAGUGUGGUCAAAGAAUCUUCAAGUAAUGGGAAGUUGGGUGCUUCUAUGUAUAAAUUGUUGGUUAAUAAAAGAGCCUUAGAGGCAGAGAUACCAUUCAUGGUGGUUUUGCCUGAUGUCAUACCCUGACAACUUCCCAGCUCAGAUUUUCAGGUUGUGUAAUGUGCGAGCUGCCACCCCAAAACCAACAAUAACUCUGACACCAAAAUUUAUUUUAAGAAUUUCAAGAAAUCCAAUUUCAUAUUUUGUUUUUCGAAAUUGACUUGAAAUCAAAUACUCUGACAAUUUGCUUUGCCCAAUUGAUUGUGGGCCCAGCAGCCUCUGAAGCGCCAGAUCAAUGACGCUCUAUCGUUUAAUCAACAAUCACUCAAUUGAAUGUUGAAGAAAUUUAGUGCGAGUGCCAAAGAACAAGGAGAAGGCAAGGUUGGAAGUUUAGAGUUCACUCAAGCAUGAAACUGUGCAUUCUUGGUUAAACUUCCAAGCAAUUUGGAAAAAGAAGUGGUGUCAAAGGAACUCUUGUAUCUUGUAUUUAACUUUAUAUUUUCAAAUUAUCAAUAUUUAUAUGAUGUGUGUAUAUACCAAUAAAUGAAAUUAAAUAAUAAAGUUUGAAAGUACAUGUAUGUAGAAGAAUUAUUCUAUCAAAUAGGCUAAUUUUUUCAUUUUUGUCUC